AUGGUGCUGGAAACAUGGACGGCGAAGAUCGCCUUCGGCUUGUUGGCAGCAUUGCUGGCAUAUCUUUGGAAAAUCAAUCGCGCCAUGUCGACGAUCCAUCCUGAGGCUCUGCGGGUGUCGCCGGAUCGAUGGACGCCAGAGAAAGUCAGGCACACCUUUGAGCGCAUGGAGAAACAGCCUAUUGACUGGACGCCACACUUGCCGCCGAAACUGGAUCGGCGAUACGUUAUUCUGGCCAUUCAGCUCAUUGCGCGUGGUCACCCUCCCGAGGCAAUUCGAAUCAUUGAUUCCCGUAACCCUGGCCGUGACGACAUGAGCGAGGGACCGAUAUCCAAAGUUGAUUUUGCUCAAGCCGAUAUUUCAUCCGAGUCGGCAACCUCUGCAGCAUUUGACAAACCGUGGCCCCAGUCAGUGGCCCAUCUCCCGUUGACCGUAUUUCAUACCGCCGCCGUUAUCCGUCCUUCGGAGCGUAGUAAGCUGGUCUACGACCGUUGCUCCCUCGUCAACACCACAGGGACCGUCCAUGUGCUUGCCGCAGCCAAGGCUGCAGGGGCAGACGUUUUUGUGUUUACUUCUUCUUGCAGUGUGGCGUUGAAACCCGCCAAAUUCUUCAAUGCUCCGUGGAGGCGGUGGCCGACAAAUGGUUUCCAAGUCCUCGAUGAAGAGGACUUUCAGAAGCCGCUUCGUCCUCACGAAGAGUUCUUCGCCAACUACGCCAGAAGCAAGGCUGAAGCCGAGCGGCUCGUCUGCAGCGCGAACAACGUGCCACAACAUCCCACGCAGGCAGGGGGCUUCCGCACUGGAGCCAUCAGGCCAGGGAAUUCCGUAUACGGCCACAAGGACGAUUACCUAGUUGGGACGACAGUACGCCUGGCCAGUUUCCCUACCUUUACUGCGCUAUAUAUGCAGAAUUGGGUCCAUGGAGGCAACGUAGCUCUGGCACAUCUCCAAUACGAGGCAGCCCUGCUUGGCCCUCACGCACACAAAGUAGCUGGCCGACCAUUUCUUGUCACAGAUGGAGGGCCGCCUCCAGUGUUUAAGGACUUUUACAUGCUUGUCCAGUCGGUCAGCGUGACACCCUUUCACGUGCAGUAUCCGCCGCCACUGCUCUUGCUACUCUUGGCCUACUGUAUAGAGGCUUACUGCUUGUUGCUUGUGCGUGUGCCAGCGUUGCAGAAGAUCUUCUCGGAACCCGGUUUGCCAUUGUACAUGCUGCAACCCGCUUCUGUGGCUGGUGCCAUCAACGCUAUUAUCAACGAUGCUGACGCUCGUCGACGACCGGAAGACGGUGGUUUAGGAUAUCAGGCGAAGUGCACAACCAUGGAAGGACUAUGCAUGCGCUUGGGCGCGUGGAAUCGAUGGGUCAGGAGCGGAGGCGAGAAAGUCAGGAGCGAGAAGGGCAUCUUCAAGGACGUGCUCGAAGUCGGAGCAGAGCCUAUUGUGAGGACAGCAUGA